GACGGCUUAGCUCUCAGGCGCCGCCGCGUCCUUUUGCCAAUCUGCACCCACACAAGCCGAGACUGCAACUGCACUCGAGAUCACACGGAUACCAUGACCUCCAUGAGCAAGGCUGUCUUGCUCGCCUCCGCAGCGAGCUUGACAGCAGGCCUCCAGGUCACCACCCAGGCAGACGAGAUCAUCGGGGCCGCCAUUGACAAGCUCGAGGGCAUGUGGCCUCAGAAGGGCAAGCAGAUCCUUGAGGACAUUUUCGGCACCCUCCCACCCCGCGACGAGGGCAGAGCCUUGCGGGAGAGGCUGCUGCAGAAGUUCCAGAAGCACGGCACCUUCGUCUUCGCGGCCUUCGGCUCGUCUGUGUCUGCUGGCCACGACAACUUCAUGAACCAGAGCUGGCCAUUCGAGCUCGAGCGCAUGCUGAAGCUGACCUUCAAGGAAUUGGGAUUCGACUUCGAGAUGCGCCAGCGGUCUGCUGGCGGUUUUGGGGAGAUGCCCUUCGGUGCCGGUUGCCUGGCGAGCCGCGCGGGCGAGGGGGUAGACGCUCUGAGCUGGGAGUGGCACUACUUCCAGGAUCCCCCCUGCGAGGGCCACCACUUCCUCGAAGAGGCAGCCGCCAUGAGGAGCAGCCCGAUGGUCUUCGCGCUCGCGGACAGCAACAUUCCCUUCGACACCCUGCUGAAGAACUGGCAUGGGGAGACCGGGUGCGGCGAUAUCCGGCGCGAUGCGCGCGAUGCGGCCAUGGCCAGGAAGGACGAAGAGACCUGGCAUCCUGACAAGCGCGAGUACAAGCCGAACGAGUGGUAUCUCACCGAAGAGUUCAUCUCCAACGCAGAGGUCGACAGGUUCAGUCGGGAGCUGAAGUCCCGCAAGUGCCAUGGGCUCGAGGAGCACCCCGACGAGCGCGUGCCGGCGAGAGACAUCCAGCUGCCUCCUCAGACGGGAGUGGCGCCGGCCUUCGAGCGAGCCGGCCACGCCUUCUACCCCGUCGCCGUGGGCGCUGGCACUGCACAGCUGGUUUCGAUUCCCUGGUACCAGGCUCGGGAGAAGGCGUUCAAGUACAACUGGCAUCCGGGCCCCCUGGGCCACACCCUGAUCGCCUCGUCCAUGGCGCACUACAUCCUCACCAACCUCCGGAGCGUCCUCGGCGAGGGGCCCGUGCCCAAGCGCAUGAAGGGGCCGUCCGCGGACAACCCCCUGGUCGGCAAGCCUAUCGUGGGCCAGCUGGAGGAGCCGCAGUGCGGCGCGCUCAAGGUGAACCAAUGCAAGACCGGGAUGUUUCCCACCUCCUCGGGCACCGCUCUGGAGGGGGCGCGCCAUGCGGACCAGUCUGACGACACCUGGGAAUACGGCAUCUCCCGGCAGGCCGCGGAGCGGGGCCACGAGGCCGUGGACAAGCGCUAUGUCUACAGAGGCAACAAGACAUCCGGGGAGCUGAAGCUCAGCUUCCAGGCGCCCAAGGACGGCAUGUACGUGGUCCUCUGCGGAGCUCCAUGCGGCUGGAGGUGCGAUGGCACAGCUGGCUACGUAUCCUCGAUGUCGCAGCGCUGGUGGCCCGAAGACCUCCCAAAGCGCAAGAGCGUGAGCGACCUGAAAUUCUCCAUCGACGGCAACGGGAUCCGCGACAAGGAGCUGCCCAAGCUGCACGAGACACUUUUCGAUAAGGAGACAGGGAUUUUCUGCCGGGACUGCACAAACCCUGCGUCACUCUGCCAGCCAGUGGCCAAGGUGGACGCUGGGCCGCACACGGUCGGUGCCAGAGUCGCCCCCAAGAGCUACGAGGGCGCCGAUGCCGAGGACACCUUCGUCGAGAUCAUGGAGCUCCUGGUGGUCGGGUGA